AUGGUGCUGGGAGGCCUUGCUUGCGAGCACGACCAGCAUCUGCCCUUGUGCGGUCGUCUUCAGAGGCAACCCGGCUUGACAAUAGCAGGCUAUGGCCAGCUCAAAGAUGCGGAAGCCACAAAACGUGAGCAUAAAUUCUCCUUGUCCAAGGAUCUGCCCAGUUCCGUGCCGCCUUCAGGCACCUCACAUCGUGGGAAGUUGGGAGUUCUUGGUGUUUUUCCAUGGCUCAACCAGGCUUGGGGGGAGGCGGUGUGGUUUCCUAUUCGGGCAUGGCCCGGCCGGGAGAUGCGACGUUCUCGGCACACAGGUUCGGGCAAGCUGCGUGUGCAAACAGCCGCGCUCCGAGUUCUGGUAAGGGUUUCUGUUAGGAGCGAAAGCAUCUCUAAAGUGCUUCUAAUUCCGGGAGUGUCUCGCGCUCUCGCUCUCUCUCGAGUCAGCAAGCAGUCGGAGCUAAGUCUGAGCUCCCUAAGCGAGUAA